UAUAUAUAUAUACAUAUAUAUAUAUAUAUAGAUGGUUAGAUAGAUCUAUAUGUAAAUUAAAUGAUCACUUACCAUUUAUAACAGUUAAUAUUAGUUCGAAUAAUCAAAAAAAAGAAGAGAAAAGUAAACAACAAAUAUUUUGAUCCAUUAUGAUCCUAUUGAUCAAUAAAUGUAGAUCCAUUAUGAAUGAUCAUUUAUCUAUAUCUAUGAUCUAUUUAUUAUUAUUAUUCAAUUUUAUUAAUGAUGUGAAUGGAUCAUCAAAUCAUGAAGAGAUUGCUGUAGUUAAAUGGAAAUUUAAUGAUUAUGAAGUACAUAUUACUGUUAUGUUAUUUUUAUUAUCAGUAGUAUUUAUUAAAAUAGCCUAUCAUCAUAUACCAUAUAUAUCAUCUUAUAUACCAGAAUCAUUUAUAUUAAUCAUUAUUGGUAUUAUAUUUGGUGCUAUAAUACGUUAUGGUAUUGAUCAAGGUUCAAUUAAAAUUCUAUCAUGGAAAUUUACACCAGAAAUAUUUUUUAAUUAUUUAUUACCUCCUAUUAUAUUAGAAUCAGCAUAUAGUUUAUAUAAUAGAACAUUUAGUGAAUAUCUUGGUACUGUAUUAAUAUUUGCUGUAUUAGGUACAAUAUUUAAUUUUUUAUUAAUUGGUUUUAUUAUGUAUGGUUUAUAUAUUAGUGGGGCAUUAGGUUAUCCACAAAUUACUGUGGAUUUAAGUAGUUUCUUAUUAUUUAGUUCAUUAAUUGUUGCUAUAGAUCCUGUUGCUGUAUUGGCUAUUUUUCAAGAUAUUGGAUUAGAAUUAAAUUUAUAUUAUAUUGUAUUUGGUGAAUCAUUAUUAAAUGAUGCCAUUACAGUUGUAUUAUAUGAAAUAAUGAUUGCAUUCACUGGAAAAGAUAAUAUAACUGGUACACAAAUUGGUAUUGGAAUUGCAUCAUUUUUUACUGUUAGUUUUGGUGGUUUAUUCAUUGGUGUUAUAUUUGGUAUUCUAACAUGUUUAAUUACAAGAAUACGUAGUCAUUUAGCUGUAUUUACAAUAUUAUUAUUAUCUUAUUUUUCUUAUAUUAUGGCUAAUUGUGUUGGUUGGUCUGGUAUUAUUUCAAUGAUUGGUUGUGGUCUUAUACAAACUGCCUAUGCAUUUCAUAAUGUUGAUUCACAAACACGUAUUACAGUACAUAAUUUUAUAAGAGUUAUAUCAGAAAUUAGUGAAUCUGUUAUAUUUUUAUUCUUAGGUAUUGCUGUUAUUGGUGAAACAUUAAAAUGGCAUACUGGUUAUAUAUUAUGGUCAUUAUUAAUCUGUUUACUAACACGUUUUAUUAUUGUUCUUAUUAUGACAUCUAUUGUUAAUCUUAUUAAUAUAGAUGAUAUCAAAAUUACAUUUAAAGAACAAAUUAUAUUAAUUUAUGGAGGGUUACGUGGGGCUGUUGCAUUUUCAUUAGCUAUAUUAAUACCAACUGAUAUUCUAGGUAGUAAUGGUGAAGAAAAUCAAAGUCUCAUAGUAACUACAACAUUAUUUAUUAUUAUAUUUACUGUUGGAUUUAUGGGUAUAACAAUGAAACCAUUAGUGAAAUUAUUAAAAAUACGUAUGGAAAAUAAAAAAAUUUUAAGUUUAUUUCAAUCAUUAAAUAAUAAUAUAUUAGAUGAAUUAUUAGCUGCCAUGGAGAUUAUCAUCAAUUGUAAACGACGUAAUGUAUUAAGAGAUUUUUUUAAAAAUAUUGAUGAAAAAUAUAUAAGAAAAUUAUUACAAAAUAAACCAGAAUAUUAUAAUGAAAAAUUAUUUCAAAUUUAUGAAAAAAUUUCAUUACGUUUACAUUAUGCUGCUAUACGUCCUAAUCAAUCAAAAUGUUUAUUAACUGAUUUACCUGAUACAAUUACAUAUAAAUAUCUUACUAAUCAAUUAUCAAUCAAUAAUGGUAAUAAUAAUAUUAUUAAUAUUAAUAAUAAUAAUACUAAUAAUAGUAAUAAUAAUAAUAAUAGGGAUAGUGAUUAUUCAAUUACUGAUAUAAUCAAUACUUAUCCAAAUGAUUUUAUUGAUGAAAAUGAUGACAAUGAUAUUGAUAAUAAUAAUGAAAAAUCAAAAGAAAAAUUUAAAAAAAUUAAAUGUUUAUUUAAACGUAAAAAAUUUUCUAUUAUUGAUCAACAACAUAUAGAAGAUGGUAAUUUAAUCAAUCAAUCAAUCAAUAACAAUAAUAAUAGUAAUAAUAUUAAUAAUAAUACUAACAAUAUUAAUAAUAAUAAUACUAAUAAUAGUAAUAAUAAUAAUAUUGAUAAUGAUAAUAAUCAACAAAUGAUUAUAUCAAGAAAAUCUAAACGUAAUCCAAUAUUACCAAAUAUAACAGAACAACAAACUGAAUUUAAUAAUCAAUUUAUAAAUAUUUUAUUAGAACGUAAUCGUGAAUUAAUGUUAAAAUUAAAAAAACAAUCAAAAUCAAAAUUAUCUGAAAUUGAUUUACCUGUUGCAUCAUCAUCAUCAUCAUCAUCAUCAUCCUCAGCAGGAGUAGCAGUAACAGGAGGAACAACAAUAGCAUCAUCAUCUUUAAUGCCAUCUAAAUUAUCAGAUAUACAAAUAAAUAAGAAUAUAUUAUCAAGUAAUAUAAAUAAUACUAAAAAUGAUAAACAACAAAUGAAACAAUCACAAUAUAUUACACAAUCUAUUAUACAAGAUAAACGUCAUAAAAAAUCAUUUUAA